AUUUUAAACAAACAAAAAAAAUAUUAAAAUAUUAAAAAGCAGAAAAACAAAAAAUGCCAGUCACUGUUGUGCCAUGAUAUUAUUUUAGUGUGAUAUUCGGUGUCUUUCAUCUUUCUUUCCACCAUAAAUAAUAGUUCGCAAUCGGCCACCGCCACCGCCACCGUCUCCACCACCGGAAGCAACUCCUCUUCCAUCUCGAAAGCACACCGCCAUGAACACCACCACCACUACCAAAGAGGUGCUAACCGACCUCUCUCCGGUCAUUAAAGUCUACACCGACGGCACCGUCGAGCGCCUCCUCCACUCGCCAGACGUACCUCCGUCGCCGGAGGACACCACCACCGGCGUCUACUCCAAAGACGCCACCAUUUCCCCAACCGUGUCCGCCAGAAUCCACCUCCCAAAACCCACCCACCCCACUCAAAAGCUCCCCGUCUUAGUCUACUACCACGGCGGAGGAUUCUGCAUCGGAUCCGCAUUCUCUCACCUCGACCACCGCCUCAUGACCGUCUUAUCCGCCGAAGCCGGAGCUCUGGUAAUCUCCGUCGAAUACCGCCUCACCCCCGAACACCCCCUCCCGGCGGCGUACGAGGAUUCCUGGGACGCUCUGAAAUGGAUUUCAUCACACUCCGUAGACACUCAAACCAAUUCCGAGAAAGAGAAAUGGAUUUCCAACCACGCCGAUUUCAGCCGGAUUUCCAUCGGCGGCGACAGCGCCGGCGGAAACAUAGCCCACAACCUCGCCCUCCGCGCCGGCUCGGAACCGUUACCUGGAAACGUGAAAAUCGCCGGCGCAAUCCUCUCGCAUCCGUACUUCUGGGGUUCGAAUCCGAUCGGAAACGAACCUAAAGAAGAUAUCGAUCAGAGUUUACUUUACCAGCUGUGGCUAUUAGCAUACCCAUCCGCACCCGGCGGGAUUGAUAAUCCUUUGAUCAACCCGUUUUGUGAUGGAGCUCCGAGUUUAUCCGGGCUUGGAUGCUCCAGAUUAAUGGUCUGUGUUUCAGAAAUGGAUAUACUAACGGGUCGGGCGAAAGUUUACGCAGAGAAAGUGAAGGAGAGCGGGUGGAAUGGUGUAGUCGAGGUGGUGGAGAUUGAAGGGGAAGGUCACUGCUUUCAUAUUUUUGGCAUCGAAAACGAAAAGGCGAAGAAUCUCAUCAAACGUUGGGCUACUUUUAUUUCGCAAUGAAAAUUUUACGAUUUAUAUUUAUGUCUAUUGUAAACUAUCAAUAAAAAUGUUGUUCCUUUUUGUUA